CCAGGGGACGUGCCUUCCUGCGCAGAGGGAGGGGUGCUGGGUGUGCUGCCGGGUGUGAUUGGUUGCAUUCAAGCCACGGAAACGCUAAAGCUCCUAACGGGCAUAGGGAAGCCUUUGUCAGGACGCAUACUCAUAUACAAUGCUCUGGACAUGACCUUUCGCGAAUGCGGCCUUCAACGGGAUCCGAGUGCCCCUAAAAUAACUUCUCUUAUCGAUUACGACUGCUUCUGUGGCGACCAAAAAGGGAACAAGCAGUCAGAGAAGGAAAACGCUUCAAUGGCAGAAGCAACGGGAAAUAGUGCCUUCCAGCGUAUCUCAGUCAAAGAGGCUCGGCGCAGGUUGGAGGAGGAUGGAUGGGCGCCCUUCGUGCUUGAUGUCCGAUUGCCUCAAGAGGCGGAGAUCUCAAAGCUUCCUUUUAGUGAUUUGCUAUGUCCACACCGGGAGGUGGAGAAAGUAGCGGCGCAGCUCCCACGGGAGCAAGACAUUCUGGUGUACUGCAAAGUCGGUGGUCGCUCGGCUCAAGCGUGCGAGAAGCUGGCGGCGCUUGGAUUCACAAAUCUUGUCAAUUUGGAUGGAGGGGUUAUUGCAUGGGCUAAGGAGAUAGAUGCUCGCUUGCCAACAUACUGAAACUAAAAACUGACAAAGAAUAAGUAAAGACAUGCAUGGGUGGGCCGUGUGCCAAGAU